UGGUGGGGAACAUUUUGUAACUAAAAACUCAAAAGUCAAAUCGGGGACAAAAUUGCAGUUACAGGAGAAAAUUAAAUAAAUAUCAAAAGAUACGCGGCCAACAAAAUGUUGCAGAAGUAUCCUCUAAGCGUAUAGAAUUCCUACCCUCAGUUGCCUGUAGGGCGUUACCGUUGGUGUUUACUUCACAGAAUCUAAAUUCUGUAUACACACUACCACCUUGCAUUGAUACUGAUUUUGAAAAAAUUAAGCUAAAAUUGAAUGUAUGAUGCUAUUUUUGUACUAGCUUAUAAAUAUGAGAUACAAUAAACAAGAAUUAGCUGCACUAGCAUCUCAAACGUCGCAGAACUUCGAUCGGGAAGGGGUGUUGGUGCUCAAAGAAAGACAGGAUGGCUUCUUCAGAAGAUCUGAAGGUUGUUCCGUACGAUGGUUUCGUCUGAGAGGCAAUCUCCUGUUCUACCUGAAGGGACCAGAGCCAUGGUACGAGCCCAUGGGUGUCAUAGUACUAGGUCAUCAUCAGAUCAAAGUGCAAUCUCAAGACGAAAAUGGACAUUGGCCUUUUCAAAUAAUUUGGGAGAACGGCGUGUGUUACAAAAUGGCGACGUUCCACGAGUCGGAGCGCACACUGUGGCUGAAGGCCAUCGAGCUGGCGCCAUACGACAACAUCCAGGCUCAAGCCGACGCGCUGAGGGAAAGACUGAACAAAAUCAGGCCCAACUUAGAUAUAGCUACUUAUAGACUGCAGAAAGGAAUUGUGACUGAUAUGAAUGAAGUGCCGCUAUGCGAGCUAGCGUUGUCGUGCGACAAUCUUCUGUGCGACACGCUCGGCAGGCCGCCCUCGCCGGUCGUCGUCAUCUACGUCAAAUACGACAAAGGGCUCUGCGUUAGAUAUGGUGCUACUGAAAUCGUUGAGACAUGCAGUAACCCGUGUUUCUCGAAGACCAUUCUGUUCCGCGCUAGUGACGGGCUCACGGGGUCGGCGUUGGUUCGCAUUGUGGUGUAUGACGUCAAAGAGCGCGUGUCUGAAACCGCAGUUCCUAUGGGAUAUACCUCCAUGCUGCUUAGUACAAUACAGGAAGCCCAAAGAAUGCGCGUAGCACUUAUAACACGGGACCAGAAAACAGUCGGCUUCGUCACAAUAAAUGGAUGGAGUCUAGAACCUUCUUACAUCGGCACGAGCCCUAGUCACACAAACGAUAGAAACAGCAUAGAUAUACCUCAAAAAGUGCUGUGUCACCGGCGAUCACAGUCUUUACCACCAAGAUUAGGCCUGAAGUUAAAGUUCCCGUCGUAUGGCAGUUUGUUAAAGCAGAAUUUUGUGAAUAGCCAUCAAGUCACGUAUAGAUUCCAUUCAGGGUUGGGCGGCGAUAUCACGGUGCACGAAAUUAUGGCUGAACCCAAAUUGUGUUUCACGAUGCCGAUACAACUGUUAGACAUCUACAUUCAGCGAGAAAAAGAGCUUUUAGAAGAACUGCUGUCUGUAGGCGAGAUCUGUGGCCAAUGGCAAUCAAGACAACUGGACCUGGUCAGCACUCACGUAUCGUUACUGAAGCACUACUGUCACUCGCGAAGAUGUAUGCUUAAUAUGGAGAGUCAGCAUUUUAAAGCCAGCAGUAGAAAAGAUGACCCGAGCUUAGAAUUCGCUCCGAUAAACCUGCAUUUACAACGCAUGUGGGUGCAUAAUGACACACUCAAUAAGACCGGCUUCCAUGACAUCGUGACGGCCGGCGCUUUUGCCGCGCACACGCAUAAGGCUGAACGAACGGGGGGAUUGAUAAGGUUAGUUCAACAAGUAAAAGACAUAAACAGUACGAAAGCUGAGCUCAGUUCCAUCACCAAUAAGAUACAGGCGGAGUAUGACAACUUGGUAGCUGUCAGGAGGUUACGCGAAGGCGUCUCUGAAGAUAUGGAGAAAAUUAUAUUGCUGAUGCAGGCGAACCAGCAUUCUGAAAUCGGUGCUGUUCUUGAAGGAAUUAAAAGUAAAGUGAAGAGUUUACUUGCGCAAUGGGAACCAGCUGUAGUUGAAGAAUCAUUAUCGUUCAUCGGUUGGCCAAAAAAUAACCGGAGCGACGAAACUGAUCAUCAGACCAUGGCAACAAUAAUGAGGUUAACAGAACAACUGAGCAUGUUCGACACGAAUUCCGAUUACGACACUUUCGAUGCUUCAUCCAGUUCGAGUUCCAAAGAAACUUCUCCCACUGGCGACACCCCUACCCUUUCUUCGAGCGUACCGAACAUCUCUGACUACCCAAAAAAGAAACUACUUGAAACAGAACUACAAUUCCAUAACGAUUACUUCAAGAAUGAUAUUGAGGAGAGAGACCGGGGAGGGUUAAAUCAUUCCUUUAGGUCUGUAAGAUUGUCGAAGCCAAAAAUGGAGGGCCAAAGUCUGUCUUUUGAUUACACGAAGAGACACGGCAGUUUGAGACAUGAUUUCAAAAGCUCGGCGUCCUUGGAGCAAGUGUCGUAUCGAUGCUUGAUUGAUGGCUUGAGAAAUGAUAAGAGAAAGACAUCAGAAUCGAGACGCGAGUCGGGCAUGCUCCCGGCGGUCGGCCAACUAGACCAAGCCACGAGAGAGAAUAACCUAGCAUUCCUGAGAAACGUCGGUAUUGUCGUCGAAGAAUCGCUCACUUGUCUCGUUGAAGAUUUGAACAAGAUUGCCACGACUAACGCGUCAUCAGAGGAAGAUCUAGAAAGGGUUAAAGGUCUGAUGGACGGUGUAAGGGCGAGUGCAGACGACGCGGCGCGGUGGAUGCGGAUAUCUCACGCGGCUUUGCGGCUUAGAUGCGAGUCGCCGCAGUGGGCUCGUGAGCACGCUGCCUUACAGACCAGACGGGAUACCUGUUUCUCUCAAGCGCUAUCAACAGUAACAGCAGGCCUACUAUGCUGGCUGUGUUCGAUGCCGGGUGACGUUGUAGCAAAACUCCUCAGUUCGGGCCUAGGUCCUCUCUGCGGUUUCGAAGGCCUGCUCAGUCUAUAUUCUACUGAGAAGGCCAUGUGGGGCGAUAUGGUGGUAGCAGUUGAAGAUCUACAAACUGUCGUGUUCACCCUCACUAAAGUUGGACAUAGCAAUACAGCAGUGCCACAUGUGUCGGGAACAAGAGGUGCUCUUACCGUCUUCAUUCCUAUAUCUGAUUCACUUUACACCAAAUUCACCUCUAAAGAGCAUCUAUCAUUCACAAUAACGGCCGUAUUCUUCAAUAUCGGUGUUAACGAAAAGGCGACGUUGGCCGAAGCUUUGGGUGAAACUACUCCACAGUAUCACUCUAACAGCGAUAAUCUGGAUCGACUGAACAAGUACUAUCAUAAGUACAGCAAAAUAUUCCCCACUGAUCACAUGGCGGCCAGCAGAGCAUCAUCAAGAACUAAACCACUGGAAGAAGUUAUGGAGACUUUGAGGAUAUGCGUGCACAAGAAAGUUCCCAAGAACGUUGAAGUACUACAUCUAGCAUCUUUAGCAACCAGACUUAUGAAUGGUAUAAGAUUCACAUCAUGUAAAAGUGCAAAGGAUAGGACAGGAAUGUCGGUGACGCUAGAACAAUGUUCCAUACUCGCUUCUGAGUACCAUUUAGCUGAACACGAGAUGAAGAAAGCUCUGAGCAUUAUGAGAAGUGACGGCUGUCGUAGAGAGAACACGCAGAAAAACAUAGGCAUCAGAAAAUAUGCUUUCACAAAGAAACAAGUGAUGGCGCUUCCACUAGACUACAGACCUCCGGCAGGUACUUACGGCUCCACUCAAACGUAAAGGUAUCUUAACGACUAAGGGCCCUUCCCAAUUAUCUAUCUCUCUUGUUUACCUUACUAGAGCUAGGACAUUGUAUGGGGCUAAUGUCAAAGUCUAUCUCCGAUAAGCAAAUUAAAAGUGAGAUGGAAUAUUGGGGACCGCCAUAAACUUACCAUGGUCGUGACAAUCUAAUGUUCCUCAUAUCAUUUGGUUUUGUUUUUGUUGUAAAAGGCCUGAUUUUCCAGUUGUUGAACUAUUUGUCAGUCGAGGAAAUAUGAUAAUGUUUACCUAAAGUAAAAGUCUACUAAAAUGGGCUUUGCAAUCUGAAUUUUCAAUGAGUAGAUAAAUCUUUAUAAAUCCCAGUAAUAAAAUGGAUGAAAAGUUUGGAAAAUAUGUUUGCACUGUCAUGAUAAUUCUACAAAUAAAAGCGGUUUAAAAACUGGAAAAUUGGUCCUAGAUCAAUUGCAUAGUAUCGUCUAUCUAGAUUAGGAAACAAAAUCAAUCUCGGCUAAAGUCAUUCAAAAUCAAACCAGUUUGCGAUAACUUAGGAUCAAAAACAACGUCUGAGGUGAUGACGCAGUGAUAUUAAAAUAUAAUAAACAAACCAGUAGUUUUUACUAUUGUAUUUAGCCAGUAUAACAAGCAGGUUGUAAUAGAGUUGUAAUCUAAAACACAAAAUAUUUAUCUAGGAACAUUGAAAUAGUUAAGAGUCGUAUAUAUUUAACUAUGGAUGAACCAAUUCAAGCGUGGUAUUAUUAUUUAUUAGUAGCUAUGCUGCGAUUAACCGAAUAUAUUAAAGAUCGUAGCACACAUGUCAACUUGUCCCGAUUAGGGUUCGUUGCAGUAAAGAGUUCCAUACAAAUGAUACUGAACGGCUCAUGAAGGAAGGAAAGAUAGUGGAGAUGCCAAAAGGUAGGUAGGUCAGGUUGCUAGAACUAACGAGACGUUCGGAUUCCUUGUCAAAUCAAAACCAAUUUAUCAAAGACCAGCUUCCGCCAGCGGCUUCG